CCAUUGCUCUUCUGCAAUUCAAUGUUCAUGUGUAACUGUAUAAUAAUAUUAUCAUGUGCACUGCUUUUUAGUAAGUCUAUGAUCCUGUUUGUUGCAACAGAUCUGUAUGUGGUACAUUAGUAGUCUAAUCAUUUUGAGGCUGAAUCAUUACUCUCAUUUGCACUAUGUUCGUUCUAGUAUGGUGUUCUACUCCUGAAAACAGAUAUGCUGUUGCCCUUGUUGAGGCGUGCUCUGGCCUUUACAAGUACAUCCAUCUGUUGUGUGGUAAAUGUGCAUCAGUUUACAUUGUAGUAGUAGCACACUGGUUUUGACAAAGACUCCAUUGUGUGGCGCUUUAGUAUUAGGUGUGUUAUCUAGUACACUAGUACAUUCAUGUCAGUGAUGCAUUAGUAUAUCCUGUGUGUUUCUGUAAAGUACUUCCCUGAAUACUGAUCUAGAAAAUCCAUGAAUCCUGAUGGAGUAUUAUUUUCACAUAUGUGUAUUCCGAAAUCCAUGUGUGCUUCUUUGCCAGAAUAUGUGUGAUCACUCCUUUAAUACUGAGUCCAUGUGCACACCUUUAUGUGUAUUUCCAGGUAUGCUGCUGUAUUAUCACAUACACAUGGAUUUUGGGAUAUCUAUGAAUUCUGAUCAUCUAGUAAAUACAUGGACACACUAGGGCAGCAGGGAGCAUUGCUCUGUUUCUGCACUAUUAUGUAAAUAUCCAGAUGCACUGUUCUCAUAAUAUAUUCAUGUGUACAGAGCUGUUCCAAUGCUAAGGUUCGGUACCCCAAUUGGUUCUUCAUCUGUCAGUAAAGAAAUCUGGAGGUCAACUGCUGGGAGGAAGGCAGAGGUGAGACUUCCAGGUUCCAGGAGGAAAGGGCAGUUGCAAGGAAGGGGAGUCUUUCUGCCAUGCUUUGGAGAAGCCAGAGCCAUGUGAGGUCUUGGGAGGAGCUGGGGCUUGUGGCAUUGCAGGCCGAGGAGAAUCUCGGCAUGGUGAUGAUCUUCACCCUCGUGACAGCUGUUCAAGAAAAGUUAAAUGAAAUAGUUGAUCAGAUCAAAACAAGAAGAGAGGAAGAAAAGAAGCAGAAAGAAAAGGAAGCAGAAGAAGCAGAGAAGAAACUGUUCCAUGGCACCCCUGUUACGAUUGAGAAUUUCUUGAGUUGGAAGGCCAAAUUUGAUGCAGAACUCCUGGAAAUUAAAAAGAAACGAAUGAAAGAAGAGGAGCAAGCAGGGAAAAAUAAACUAAGUGGGAAACAGUUAUUUGAAACAGAUCAUAAUCUUGACACAUCUGAUAUCCAGUUCCUGGAGGAUGCUGGGAACAAUGUGGAGGUGGAUGAGUCAUUGUUCCAAGAAAUGGACGAUUUGGAGCUAGAAGAUGGUGAAGAUGAUCCUGACUACAAUCCUGUUGCCCCAGGGAGUGACUCCUCAGACUGAUGGACUGUCCCAGUCUCCAGAGAGGCGUGACCGCCACAGCAUCUGUGGCUAUGCUAGAGGGUUUGGAUCUUCCUUUUGUUUUUUUCUAAGAAAAAACAUAUUUUUCAGGAGAAUAUUCUUCUGAUAACUUUCAUCAUUGAACUUAAUAAACUGCCCAUAAAAUUUCAAAAAAAAAAAAAAAAAAAAAAA